AUGAAGUCCACUUUGGGAGUCCUCAGUCUGGCCCUGGUCCUGGUCUGGAGUCAGGCCAAUGACCUGGCCUGCAACGAGACCUUGAGUCCAGAAGAGCUACACAAGGUGGAGGGGGACUGGGUCUUGGCCUGGCUUGUCUAUGAUAAGACCAAACGUCCUGAGGUGGACCCGUUGCCAGGUUUCGCAAGUUCUCAUGUGGAGCUCCGAGUCCGGUCCAAACACAGCCUGACCUUCCAUGAACGCAACGUCUACGGAGACGGAAAAUGUGCCGAGUACAUCAUGAACCUGACAGUGCCCCACAGUGACCACCACAACGACAGCGACCACAGCCAUCACGGCCACCAUGACCACCACGAUCACCACGGCCACCACGGCCACCACGGCCACCAUGGUCACCACGAUCACCACGGCCACCACGAUCACCACGGCCACCAUGGCCACCACGGCCACCACGGCAACCAUGGCCACCACCACCACCACGGCCACCACCAUGGCCCACAUGGCCCCCACAGCGACCACCACCACCACAGCAACCACAGUGACCAUGGCCCACAUGGCCCCCACAGCGACCACCACCACCACAGCAACCACAGUGACCAUGGCCCACAUGGCCCCCACAGCAACCACAGCGACCACCACCACCACGGCCCCCAUGCCCUGCACAUCGAGGGGGCAGUGUUGCACAAAGACGGAGAGGUGAAGCAGUUCGACGACUCGUCCACAUUAGAGUUCGUCCACGCAUCAGAGCACACCAUGACAACCCUCUACCACAGCAAGCCCUAUGGGACCUUCCUGCUCUCCUACAGGAGAGAGGGAAAUCACAGUGAAGUGGAGGUUCUGAAGGAUUUGGAGGAGAACAGGAGACUGGCUCAGUGCCUGAACCUGAGCGGAGACAACUUCGGGGAGUGGAGCUAUGACGGGAAGGCGGAUUUUUGUCACAAGAAGUCUGCUGCGGAAGAGAAGGAGAAAACGGAGGAUUCUUGAAUCGAAAUCACCAAUAAAAA